CCUCGCCAACCGGAAGUAGCCGGGCCCUUAGCGAUGGGACCCGGCAGAGCGGAAGUCACUCCGUGAGGCAGUGGCGACAGCGGCGGCGAGAGGAUGAACAACAAGUUCGACGCCUUAAAAGAUGAUGACAGUGGAGACCAUGAUCAGAAUGAAGAAAACAGCACACAGAAAGAUGGUGAGAAGGAAAAAACAGACCGAGACAAGAGCCAGAGUGGCGGCAAGAGGAAGGCUGUUGUUCCUGGACCAGCAGAACAUCCCCUGCAGUACAACUACACCUUCUGGUACUCUAGGAGAACUCCUGGCCGUCCCACCAGUUCACAGAGUUAUGAACAGAACAUCAAACAGAUUGGCACCUUUGCCUCUGUGGAGCAGUUCUGGAAGUUUUACAGCCACAUGGUACGUCCUGGGGACCUGACAGGCCACAGUGACUUUCAUCUCUUCAAAGAAGGGAUUAAACCUAUGUGGGAGGAUGAUGCAAAUAAAAAUGGGGGCAAGUGGAUCAUUCGACUCCGGAAGGGCUUAGCCUCCCGCUGCUGGGAGAAUCUCAUCCUGGCCAUGCUGGGGGAGCAGUUCAUGGUUGGGGAGGAGAUCUGCGGGGCUGUGGUCUCUGUCCGCUUUCAGGAGGACAUUAUUUCUAUUUGGAAUAAGACUGCCAGUGACCAAGCAACCACAGCCCGAAUCCGGGAUACUCUCCGGCGCGUGCUUAACCUACCUCCCAACACCAUUAUGGAGUACAAAACUCACACCGACAGCAUCAAGGCCUGGGAGGAGUUUCAUGGCCUGGUGAACAGCAGCGGCCGCUGAUCGGACGCUCCCCCUCUGUCUCUCACACUCAGGGGACAAUUCAAGCUUUCGAAAUACAAAAAUCACAUUGUGAAAGCGCACAAGCUGGCAGUAAUCCUUUUCUGUUUGUGUGUUUGUCUGCAUUGGAUGCGAGGCUCAGGCAGCUCUUCUGUCUGUUCACUGAGGGGUGUGCCUAAACCAUGAGCUCCCCUUGUGCACUCGUUCCUGGAAGAUGGACUCUGCUAGACACCUCCCAGCAUUGCUGACCUUAUAAGGCGGGAAGAAUGGGGAAAGUGUGACUAUGUAACAGACAAACACUUGUUAGCUGGGUUCUGUGCAGGAGUACAGCUGUCUUCUUGCUGUGUACUAUCCAGAUGCCUCUUGGCAUCCUGCUGCAUCUCCUGCUGUGCGAGGGACUUGAGGACCGACCACAUGUCUGUGCCCUGUGCUGGGUCUAGGUUGAGCGUUAUCAGUAUUAUGAAUGCUUGCACAUCCAGGGACAGCCUCUGCCUAGAGCUGAAGAGAACCAAAUGCCUCUCCCAGCUCUUCUGUUAAGUUAUUGUGUACUCCUCUCCCCUAAGCCCAGCACUUUGAACAUGUGUUAAGAUAUGAUGACAGCCCCUUUGCGCCUUACACCUCCAAUGGGACUCCUCUUCUUGGGCACUGCAGCACUUAAAUUGUGAUCCCGGGCAGGCAGCACAGGUUUUGCUGAGGAAACCUAAGGCAUCUGCCCUUUAAGAAAAGCUGAAGAAGAAUGCAGUUCAGUCAGAAGUGCAGGUCCUGCGUGUAGGGUUGGGGCCAAGGCCAGUGACUGAAACCUGUCUCCCAUGUGAGCAGACCAUCUGUGCUGAACAUGCCCUGUGGGGUUUGCCUGUCUGUCAUGGAGGAGGAAGCAAUGGCUGGUUAGUGCCACAUUAAAACAGUGCAGAUCCCACAGAGCUGAAAUGGAUAACGGAAGAAAUGGCAACCUUGCUCCAUUUGAUGGCUGUGUCUAUCAGCUGUGGUUGGAAGACUUCUGGUCCGUGACACCUGGAUGUAGACAAAUUGUCCAGAUCCCUCAAUGCCCAGAAGGCUCCUACAGGCAUGUCUUCAUCAGAGAAGCUGACUUUGGGAGCCUAAGGCCAGAGAGGUCAAAAGAGCAGCCAAGAUCAAGGCAAAAAUGGGCAGCUGCAGCAGCUUCAAGUGCUCUGUUCUGGGCUCUUGUGAGCCAAGAUGGCAGUACCUUAAAUUAAGGCCUCUCUUAAAGCAUAUCCCUGACGCCUGGGUGGGGUUCCUUGGCUACAGGUCUCAGGAACUCUGAAGAUAACAGCAUCUCCUUGUAUCCAUCACACUUUUCCAGCUUUCCAGUCACUGUCUGGGGAUGCUUUGCCCUGAAAGAACAGUACAGGGCCAAGAGGGAAGGUGUUUCUGCUGUGAAGCCAUCUGAGAAGAAAGUCCAACAGUGAUUGAAGCUCCAGGAAUCCGAAGGAUGCAUUCUGGGGUGGUUGUGAAGGGCUCAGCAACACCAGAGCAUCACUGACUGUCGGGGAGGCAAAGGCUGCCUCUGGAGGCUUGACUAAGGAAACCUCAUUUUUGCCUCGAAAAUUCCAAAGAGCAGACAUUUGGACUUGCCUUCCUAUGGGCAUCUCUCUGGCUUGUGUGUGUGUGUGUGUGUGUGUGUGUGUAUGUGUAUACAUGUUUAUGAGUGAGGCCUGUGUCAGGUCUAGUGGUCUGGUUAGAUGUUUUGUUUGCCUUUUUAAUCUCAUUUGUUCAGAUAAUUGAACCUCUUAUGUUUUCUAGAGCAACUUGUCUUUCCCCGUCCUCUUGGUCAUAGUAUUUGACAGUUGGGUUUUUUUCCCCCUCCCAUCCAAAGUGUGCUCAUUAGAGGGGUUCUCACUGUCAGGCAGCAGCUUAACCCCAGUGUUCUUCCAGGUGCUCUGCCUAACAGCUUAAGGGGAAAUUGAAUGAAUACAGUUUGCCCAAACCACCCACUCUUUCAAGCUAGCUGGAGAAAUCUCUCCGUUUAUUUUGACUCCACAGGAGCCAGUGUGAGCAGCACGAUAGCUGCUGCUAGACAAGGGGGACGGCGUAUGUGCUCUUCUCCCUUCUGCCCUCGAGACCCACUCCUCUCAAGAGCCUUUCUCUUUGUUCUUUUGCUCACAUUUGUGUAUUUUCCCUGUGACAGUGGCAGUGGGGUACUUUUUCAUCCAGAGAAAAACUUGUCAGUGCUCCCAAGAAUGAAUUUCCAGGGAUGUGCGGGAGGGGAAGGAGCAGAGGCUGUGGCAGCGUGUUCAGUGUUGCACUUUGAGAGGAUUGUCUACUGCAGUAAUAAAUGGAAAGUAUCAGCAAGA